UUCGUGCGCUGCGUCAGUUCCGCUCGUAGCUGGGGUGAAAGGGGAAAGGUUAAAGAUUGUCGUCGGUUGGGACGUGCGCUGCUGAAAUGACCACCUUACGUGCGUUUUGUUGUGACGACCUUUUUCGCUUCAACAACAUAAAUUUGGAUCCGCUAACGGAAACCUAUGGAAUACCCUUUUACCUGCAGUAUCUCGCUCAUUGGCCAGAAUAUUUCAUUGUCGCAGAGGCACCUGGAGGAGAGCUAAUGGGUUACAUUAUGGGGAAAGCUGAAGGAUCAGUGGCAAGAGAGGAAUGGCAUGGACAUGUAACAGCCUUAUCUGUAGCCCCAGAAUUUAGACGCUUGGGACUAGCAGCUAAACUAAUGGAACUGCUAGAGGAAAUAUCUGAAAGUUUCUGA